AUGCAGAGUGUGAACAGAAGGCCGUCCACACCUCCUACGGGUCCCGGUCGCUCCAUCAACACAGCAGAUUUUAAUCAACAGCAGCUGCAAAAGGUUGUGCUUUCCAUGCUGACUGUGUUUGACAGGGUGAAGGUGAUUCCCACCACAGACGGACAGACAGUAGCACUGAUAUGUAGCAGCAGCUGUCCUCUGACUGAAGAGCCUGCAGUCUACAUCUGGUACCAGAACAGAGAGGUCCUCUAUCAGGACUGGUCUCCCUGGUACCAACAGCUGGUCAGCAGUGAGGAAGCAGUCAGAUACUCCUGUGCUAUCAAAGGCUACGAGGACCUCAGAGCCCCUGAAGUCUCAGUGGAUUCUGUCACACGGAGCUGCUUUAAGGUGACCUAUGCUAAAGGGACAAUGUGUUCUAAUAAGCAGACAUCAGAGGAGGAGCCCUGCUCCAUCACAUAUCCAACAGAAUUACAUGUUCAAAGGAGUCCUAUAGCCAACCCAAACAGUGUCAGACUGACCUGUGUUUAUGAUCAGAACUGUUGGAGUGUGAAUUAUGUCAGCAGGAGAAUUUGUGCUCUGGAAGGUUCUUCAGUCAACAUCUCUAGUGAAUAUUCUUAUUCCAACUAUCAACCAACGUCUAAAUUAUGGUUUAAAAUAAAGAGAAGAGUGAAGGAAGACGUUAAAGAGACAAUUAAAGCUGAAGGUCGUGUGAAGUAUCAUGACAACAUGAAGAACCAACACAUCCUGACAAUCAGUAACCUGAAGAAGGAUGACUCAGCAGAAUACACAUUCACACUCCAAGAUGACCAUCGAUGGGUACGGUCUGAUUCACCUGGAGUCACUCUGGUUGUCACAGGCCUGAAAGUGGAGUUGAGUCCUUCUGCAGUGGUGACAGAGGACCAGAGAGUCACACUGACCUGCAGUACCAGCUGUCCUCUGACUGACAACACAAACUACAUCUGGUUCUUCAACAGUCGACCUCUGACCCCGACAGAGAACCACAACAAACACCUGGUUCUGGACCCGGUCAGCAGUCAGCAUGCAGGAAACUACUCCUGUGCUGUCAGAAGCCACAACAACAUCAGCUCUCAUGUAAAGACUCUCACUGUCCAGAGUAAAAGAGGACAAUGGACACCAGCAGCAGCUGCAGGAGUCUGUGCUGCUCUCCUGGUUAUAAUACCCCUCUCUGUCUUCUGCUGGAUCAGAAAGAAGAGGACUUCAGGUCAACCUCCAACAACAGAAACCCACAUCAACAUGGAGCAGUUAAACCCUGGUCCUGUGUAUGAGGAGGUCUCAGCUCCACCAACAGAUCAGAAUGAUCUGGUCUACAGCAGAGUCCACUUCCCUCAGAACCACACAGAUCCUCUCUACAGCAGAGUCCACUUCCAUCAGAACCACACAGAUCCUCUCUACAGCAGAGUCCGGCCACAUCCAGAUCCAGAACCGGAUCAUGUGCUCUACGCUGCUGUGAACCUCAGACCCAACAGGACUGCUGAGUGA